AUGUGUGGAAAAUCAAAAUGCGGCCUGGAAAGAGAGGCCAUAACCAAGUGCAUUGGAAGUUCAAAGGAAAGAGCAUUCAUCGGGCUCGGAUGCAGGUACACGGCUAAACCAGCCUUGCUGUGCCAGGGCUACACAGACACCGUCAGCGUACAGCCCUCUCGCCUCUAUUUCCAGGACUGCGAAGAGCACUGUGCUGAGCGACCUUUGCUCCUGGGCUCGCCGUAUGAGCCGCUAAACCCCACAAAACAGCGCCAGCGUAUCUGUGAAUACCUUUCUAACUGCAGUUCGUGUAUUGGUAAUGACACAGAUGUAACAGGCUGCAAGUGGAUCAGAUGUGAAAAAGACAUGUGUGUAAAUGAAACAGAAGUAGAUGUGAAAUAUCACAACUGUACAAUUGGAGAACAGUGUUCUUUUCCUACAGUUGUUCCUCUUUCCAGUGCUACUACGCCGUCUUCCAAUACUACUACACCACCUGCCAAUACUACCACAGCGUCUUCCAAUACUACCACAGCCAGUUCUGCUACCACAGCUCAUACUACUAUAGCUAACAUCACCGAUGUAACUACACAUGCUCCUCUACCUACAACUACCGUUACUUCAGCCACCACAACAACCAGUAUUCCAGGUACAAAUGCUACUGUGACUCCUGCACCUUCUUCACGCAAAUCUACAUUUGAUGCUGCAAGUUUCAUAGGUGGAAUUGUCCUUGUUCUGGGUCUGCAGGCUGUUGUUUUCUUUCUGUACAAAUUCUGCAGGUCGAAAGACCGAAACUACCACACACUUUAGGACCUGCCACUUUAUAAUGGACUAGUAGCCCAACACCUGUAGUUCACUGAACCAAAAUAUUUUCUGUUGCUCGUGGAAGACAGCAGUUCAUAUCCUUUAAAUCUCUAAAAGAAGACUUUAAAAGAAUAUUUUUGCAACAUUAUACUUGGCAAGAGGUGAUACGAAUCUCUUCAACAGGAUUACUUGCAAUAUGCUGCAUGGGUUCUAAUGGCUGUCUUAUUUUCCUUUAGUGGCUGCUGCUGUGGGACUUUUUUUUUUUGAUAUGCCAAAUGUAGACAUUUAGAGAUUCUUAUUCAGUGGCAACACUGUCUUGAGUAGACAAUCUCAUGAUGACUUAUUGUGAAGGCUAAUUUAAUCAACAUUUGAUACAGUAUCCCUUCAGUUUUAUCAAGAUGUGAAUUAUGGGUGACUGACUUCAGGGAGUGAAAUACCAUUUAUACUAGCUUGUGGCUCUUAUAGCGUGCUGCUAGAAAGAUGAACAAAAUUGUAGAAGUAGAUAAUGUCUUAACAGAAUAACAUAACCCAUAAAUUUUUUUCACAAGAAUAAAGGUUGCCUGAUAAAAUACCGCAUUCCAAAUAGAAAUCCUGUGCCCUUUCCAAUUAAUGUUGAGAGGGGAUGUAGGGAUAAUCCUUCUAAAAGGGAAAUGAAGAUUAGUGCCUUAAAAGACUAAAAAUCAGUAGGCUGCAAAAGCGUCUCACCUAUCUCAAAGAUAAAUAAAACUAUUAAGCACUGGCUUUAUAUCAGAGAAUGGAAUACCUGUGACUUGAGCAUUCCAGUUUAAAAACUUUUUACAACUGUCCCUUAUUGACCUUGUUUGAGGGUGAGGGUGCAUGGUACAGUAAUGUUCAGCUACAAACAGAAGCUUUAAGUUGUUUACCUUUUGUUCUGGCCUACAAAGACCAACUAUAAAACUAGUGAUAAAAUUCAGUUCACUCCCUGUAUGAAAAGGCAACAGCUUACAUUUAUACUUGAAAUACUGGUGUUUGGGAAAUCCUGAGGUUUUUCUUAUUCAAAUGGUUCUUAAACUCGUCGCAAUUAACUUCGGGGUUUGGGUUUUUUCUUUUUUACCCUCCUGUAUGUCUGCUUGCUGAAGUAGCAAUUAAGGGUAGUUCAGAGGAUCUGCUGAUUCGACCCUAGUCAGGAUUGCUGUAGUCCUGGGGCUGCCAGGGCUACACCUUUUUUCUUUCCCCUCCCUCCUUCCUGGCUUCAGGUUUGUGUCACCCUGCAGUGAACUGGUUAAGGAAAUCUCUUUGGCCAAAUAGUUGGUUUUUUGUGUUCUCUUUUUUUUUCCCCUUGGCUGGAUCAGCCAUGUGAUCUGAGUAUCAAAGGUAUGUCAUCGCCAAUGUAGAUUGACUUGAGCACCUGUGAAAAUAAACCCACAGGAAAAAUGGCAGUAAAGAUAAAAUCAAGUGGUGGAUGUAGCACAUAAUACAUACAUAGCUUUUGAUGCUAUUCCUUGAUCAUCGGUUUCAGGAUAAUCUGUAGAACUGUCUUACUAGCUCUGACUUGACUGGAAUUUGGCACCCAAUACAAAAUGAUAGCAUUAAUGCAGAUAAUAGUCAUGGCAGUGGAACUUAAAUAUGAAGCAAAUUAAGUGCACUUCAGUUGGAAACUUAAAGUACACAGUGUUGCUUUCUUGUGUUCUUCUAGUUUGAAUGGCAUUGUUUCUAUUGUGCUGCAUAGAAAACUGAAAUUGCUACAAAAUACCGAAGUUACUCACCAGUACUGUAUCUUUGAGUUCAUUAGCUUUUGGUUUUCUAAACAAAACUAAGACAAUCAGCUCAGGUUUAUUAAAACAGCAGAGUGAGCAGCCAGUUUCCAGCAACAGUGUGUGUGUGGGUUAGAUAGUAUAUCCUUGGCCUUAUUGUGAAAUCACUUCAUCUGUCCUUUCCCUAUCUCGGAACUAUUUUAUUACAUUUAUUUGUUUAAAAAGAUAUCCAUGAGCUUGUAUUCUGUGCUUUGAAGUGAGCAAAACACUCUUCUAAAUUGUGACAGAGUUUUCCUUCAGCUCAGCAAAGCAAACUGUAUGCCUAGUGUGUAGUUUUUUUGGCCUCAAAGGGCUAUCUUUUGGGAAACUUGCAGAAAAGUGCUACAGAACACUUCCUAGCAUGGAAGACUUUGCCACAAAAAAGUUGUUGCUCUGUAAAGUGUUGCUAAAAUGCUUAUUCAUGAGCUAUGCUGAUCCUGAUUUAGGUUGCUGAUAAAGUAUGCUGGUAAAGCAAACUAAAAGUAAUUUUUAAAGUGCCUUAAAGUUGCUUAAUCUUUUGCCUCAAAUUUUGUUUAAAAGGGUAGAAGGGAUACCUUGCCUUAGUUAUUAAAUUUUUCUUGGUGCCAGCAAUUGCUACUUUCCAAGACUUUAGGAAACCCAGGAUCUCUGACAUGUACAGAUGCCAGUCUGAAAAACUCAAGUGUGUACUAUAUCAAUUUAGUCAUGUUCUGGAAGGCCUGCACUAUGCUCCGCUUGCUCGUUAGCCUUGCCAACAAGGUAUAAUCCACAGUUUACAGAGUUGUGGCUCGGAUUGUUUCCCUUUCAGUUGCUUGGGAGGAGGGGAGGCUGGGUUAUACAUCUUCACCAUGUGCUUGGCUGCCUCACUAUAGAAAGUAAUUACUCCUUUGUGAAAUGGCAGUAUCAGCUGAUCUGUGCUGUGUACUAGCAAAAAACCUGAAGUAACAACUUCCAGUUUUUCUUGGCCUUGUGUUUUGAAGUGGAAGGUAGCUCAUAGAUCUGUAGUUGUAUUUGCCCCUUAAUCAAUCUUAGGCACUGAACUGUAGUGACUUCAAGUUAUCUGGCUUUUUCUUGAAGCCAACUUGUGCAAAUAUCAAGCUGUUAUCUUAUGAAUGUUCUCUGCAAGUGUUGCUGUAAAAGUUUGUAUUUUGUCUUCAGUGGAAGAAAACUGAAACAGUUGUAAUCGCAAAACCAAAUUGAUAAAUAAAAUCUGUUGAAUGGAA